ACAUGCUUUAAAGAAACCGAAUGGCACUUAAAAGCUCACAGCGAUGGGGAACGUGAAAGUGGCUAAGGUAAAAACAGAAAAAGAAAAAAGGAGUGAGAUGCUAACUGUUAAAAACAGGGAUCGACUUACUUUUUUGUAGCCGGUGGUACAAAGCACGCAAUGAGUAAAAGAUACCCUUUCUAAAUAUUAUUGAUGAUCGAGUGGUGUUAAUGCUACUUCGUUUGGUGCUUCUGGAAUUGCCAUUGCUUCUAGUGUUUGGAUAAACAACAAUGUUUACUCCUCCAGCAUGUACCAAAUACGAAGGAACGAGAUUAGGCGGGCACACCAUCCGUACCUUGCUUCCCAUUUCUUUUUUAUUUCCUUUCAGUCCAAAGAAAUGGGAAAUAAGAAACGCAAGAGUCUUUCUAACGAAGACAUUACCAACAACAAAAGAAAGACAGACAAGGCUGAGGAAGCUGAUAACGAGCAGGUACCACUUCAUUACCCUGUUUCUUCAAGCAGUGGUAAUGAUAGUGGUCCUCCCGUCAUCGGCUCUUCCAGUGAUGCCGAGUCUAGUCAACCACCACUCCCCAAAAAAAGGAAGCCAAACACAGCCAUUCUUCAAAAAGAAACGAAAAAGUAUUUUGGAGGAUUUCAAAGCCCUUGUUAUAGGAAGAAACCGCUUUGACAACCGUUAUCCCCCGAAGGGAAAGAAACCGUUGUGGGUGCGUUAUGCCCAAAAGGGGAGGAAACCGCAAACCGGACAGUAAGUUUAUCAUAUAUUUUUUUGUGCACCUUGCUGAAGUCAUCUUUUUUUUUUCAAAGCAAACGUGUAAUAUUUGUAACAGCUGCAAUGUCAAAAUGAUUGGAACAA